AUGUCAUCCUCCCACAAAGCCAACGAUAGGCCUCCCCUCACACCAACACCCUACCAAUCCAGAGCUGAGAGACCUAUCGCGAAGAGGGCUGUCCUAGGAGAGACACAACCUAAAGCAUCGCCUACGCCCGGCACGUCUUUUAGACGAAAUGUCGAGCACCCACCUGGAUCAUCACCGCGUCUGCCGCAUCAUGAAUCUCUGAAGCCUGAAGGCAAUCUCUCUGUCCGACAGAAAGUUGCGGGAAAGAUUCCAGCCAUUGAGAACAAGCGCCUGUCAACUAUCGCAGAUGAAGUUGCAGGAGGAGCUAAGCGAGACUCACAAGCCUCCACUGUAUCCGCAAUCGUCAAAGGAAAGAGAAAGACCCAUGUCGGACCAUGGCAACUGGGAAGAACUCUGGGGAAGGGUGCCACAGGAAGAGUGCGCCUAGCCAAACACGCCAUGACUGGACAGGUCGCAGCAGUCAAGAUCGUAUCAAAGAAAUCAGCUGCGCUCGUGCAAAGUGCGAGUAUGGCUCGAAUGGACAACGAGGACAGCCUAGCCAUGAUCGCCACUGGGCCUAGGACCAUGCCAUUUGGCAUCGAACGCGAGGUCGUCAUCAUGAAACUUAUCGAGCAUCCCAAUAUCAUCAACCUCUACGAUAUCUGGGAGAACCGCGGCGAGCUCUACCUGGUACUGGAGUACGUUGCGGGAGGGGAAUUGUUCGACUAUGUCUCAAGUAAUGGCGCUCUUCCUGAGGAGGAGGCGGCCAGACUCUAUCGCCAGAUCAUCGCAGGCUUGUCCUAUUGCCAUGGCUUCAACAUCUGCCACCGAGAUCUCAAGCCGGAGAACAUUCUUCUUGACAGCCAACGAAACAUCAAGCUGGCCGACUUUGGAAUGGCAGCUCUCCAACCUGACGGCACAUGGCUGAACACUUCGUGUGGGAGCCCACACUAUGCUGCACCUGAAAUCAUCCAAGGAGACCGAUACCGAGGAGACAAAGCAGACAUCUGGAGUACUGGAAUCAUCCUGUUUGCCAUGCUUAACGGCUUUCUACCAUUUGACGGCGGAACCUUGCCCAAUACACUGCGUCUCGUCAAGAAGGGUGAAUACUAUCUUCCUCCGAGUUUGAGCGUCGAAGCGUCCGACUUGGUUCAACGAAUCUUGCAAAAGCGACCAGAGAAGAGAAUCACCAUGGACCAGAUCUGGACUCAUCCACUCCUUCUCAAAUACGAGCAAUAUCACGCCAGCCUUGUCGCCCCCGAGCCUCUCAUUUCUCCCGCACGACCAUUGAAUGUCGACAACCAAGCUAAGCGUGUCACCAAACGAUCUGAUAUCGACCCUGAAAUUCUAAGAAAUCUCGCGACCCUCUGGCAUGGAGAGAAAGUGGAAGAGCUGAUCCGAAGACUUAUGAACGAGGAACCGAACCAUGAGAAACUCUUCUACUGGGGUCUCAUCAAGUUCAGAGAAGACCAGCUGGAAAACUAUCCGGGCGAUCCAUUGCACUACUCUGCAAGUGACUAUCACCAUGUAACCAGACCGGCUCCAAAGCCAAAGAACCGUGGUACCACUGGUCGUGGUCAUGCCCGUCGUGCUUCUCAGUUCUCAAUCGUGAGCGAUGACAAUAACAAGCGUGAAGGCUACUACAAGAACCCAGCCACCGCGACAAGCAAGGCGACUCAAAGCAGCUAUGAUCCCUAUCGAGCUUCGAGGACACCAAUCACGGAAAGCAGUCAGACUCCUGCUACUGUCGUCGUUCGCCGAUAUGCGACCACACCUGAAGGGCGAUCAGUGAGCUCGGCUUCCAGUACACGAAGAAAUAGGGCCAUGGCGUGUACUCAAGAUGAGGUGCCGGCUCUACCCAGCUUUACAUCGGAGGAACUUGAGAAGCUUAUCCAGAAAAAGCGCGCGUCGUACUCCACUGCGACAUCUAGGAGUUCGCUUUCGAGUGGUAGACGCUAUCCACGGAUUCGGAAAUCAAUGAGCUACAAGAGACAAGUUAGUUUCCCUUACCGACGACAGGAACAUGCUGGUGUUGGUAAAACAAAUGUUCGGCCAUUGAUGCAGGGGAGUGGCUUGUCGGAGCGACCACAAACACGCAGUACGAUUGCUCCCUGGUCGGAAACCCAGAGUACACCUAGCAUACCCACGCCUCCACAGGAGUAUCGUCCUCGCAAAUCCAGCUCUGAGAUUGACGUCAAGAAGCCUAGGGUUGCAAGCUACUAUUGGAAGGAUGAUACCCGGAAGGUCAGCGCGGAGUUGGGCAAGAUUUGCGAAGAAGCGUUCAAUCGGUCUUCCGUCUCUACUGUGAGCGAUGUCAGCCCACACGCACCUUUGGACUCGUCAUCGACAUCAGUUUCACAACACAACCGGAGAGUACCACCAAGCAUUCGAGAUCGCCCUCUUCCUGCAACCCCGGUCCUCCAGGAGCUGAUUGAGCGCCGCCAGAAAAUCAUCGAUACAUGGGGAGAUGCCGAUGCCACCGUGCUUGCUGAUAUGCUUGCAGCUGUUGACAAACGCAUUGACGGUGAAUUGGAGAAACAAAGAAGCUAUGAGAAACGAGCUGCCUCCGAUCCCACCCACAAUAGCAUGACUGGCAGGUACUACCGCCCUGCAUCACCAGCAGAUACCAUGGAAGAUCUGAAACGCAACCGUGAUGAAAUUAGGGCAGCAUCAGAUCCCGUCAAGUUCAAGACUCCUCGGCCUCAAAAGGAGAACACCAUUCGGCUGGUCACUCCAGAUCCAAUGUCACCCUUAGCUCGCAUUGAGCCGUUAAAGGUUCGCAAGAAUAAAGCUAUGCCAGUCAAUUCCUUGCGCGGUGGGCCUAGGGAGAAGCAACAGGAGCGCGGCGGAUAUGACACGCGGCUUUUUGCAAACGCUGGAUUGGAUACUAUUGAUGAGAAUCCAGUGUCGCCAAGGAAGACUGCCCCCCGAAAGUGGUCGUGGCUUGGAAAACGUGCAUCAGGAGCACAAGACUUGUUCGAGGCAGCACCUGUUACAGAAACCAACGUGGAGAGCUCAGAUCUACAUGAUUCUCGGGUUGUACAACCGAGUGAUUCGACCACUUCUUCUCUGGAUCGAACCAAAGCCAGCGAAACCGAGUCAGUCGAUGUCGAGUUGAACCUGGAAAAGAAGCGACGUUGGUUCCAGAAAAUGUUUGGUAAGUCCUCGAAAGUCAAGGAGAGUCUUCCGGCGUCCUCUUUGGAACAUCAUAUCGUGCGAGACGCGUCGGAAGAGACAGAUGGCAUUGAGCCCGGGCUUGAAGAAGGUAUUGAGAAUUACUCGGCACACUCUCUGGCCGCACGGAAAGUCUAUCCUCCAGCCACGAGCGUUGAUGCUGCCGCGGCCGCGGCGGCUCUUGGUCCUAUUGAGGUCAGCCAGAACUGGUUCGCUAAAUUCUUCCACAUCAAACCUGCGACUCGGAUGAUCUGUCUUCAGAUCAACAAGGGAAAGGCGAGGAAAGAGCUGGUCAAGAUCUUGAAAGACUGGCGUAAGUAUGGAUUGAGAGAUGUCGUCGCAGAGCAACGUGGGGGAGCUGAUGUUGUGCGAGGACGUGUCGAUGCUUGCAAUUAUCUUCAACUCAAACCUGUUCACUUCCAUGCAUAUUUGUAUUCCGUCCUCGAGCAUGGUCGCAAGGCCAACUUGAGUAUCAUGAAGUUCACGCAAGAGAAGGGAGCAGCCAGUAGUUUUUACAAAGUUGUCGAUACGCUCGAGGCUGUUCUCAAGGAGAGGAAUCUGCUAGUGCUUGAUGUGCAGAAAAAGAAGGGCAUUGAGCGAAGCCUCAAGGCUGCAGGUUUGUGA